AUGGUCCACUACUCCUUCCACAUACGCUCGAGUGGAAUUGAAGAAGAGAUACACCUGGAAACACAAUUGAACCAAGCGUUAACCGAUUAUUUUGCCUUGGAAAGCCUAGGCAUUACCACUCUGAAAAACGAUAUACGUUCCAAAGAGGAUGAACGAGCCCUGAUGCUCCUCCACGAAAAAACGCGGUUUACCGGGGAACGUUAUGAGACCGGACUCCUGUGGCGAUAUGACCAUAUUCGUCUUCCUAACAAUGAAAGUAUGGCUAGGCGCCGUUAUGAACUAUUGGAAAAACGAAUGAAACAGAAUCCGGAACUGAAGCGAAUGCUUACCGAUAAAAUCACUGACUACAUAGCUAAAGGAUAUGUUGAGAAACUAGCUCCGUCUGAGGGUACCUGGUCCGAUCAGUAUCCGGUUUGGUAUCUACCAAUCUUUCCAGUAACAAACCCGAACAAACCAGGAAAAAUUCGAGUGGUUUGGGAUGCUGCCGCAGCUUACAAUGGUAUCUCACUCAACUCUGUACUGAUGACGGGCCCGGAUCAGCUGGCGUCAUUGGUUACAACAUUAAUCAAAUUUCGAGAACAUCGUUUCGCCGUUAGUGGCGACAUCUGUGAAAUGUUCCACCAAGUCAUCAUAAGAGAACCUGACCGCCAGUGCCAGCGCUUUUUCUGGAAGGACCGAGAGACAGACGAAUUCCCCAGCAAGUACGUUAUGAAGGUCAUGACCUUCGGAGCCAGGUGUUCUCCAUCAAGCGCUCAAUUCGUUAAAGAUGCUAAUGCGGAACGAUUUUCAAAACAGUUUCCCGUCGCCUCGAGCUUCAUCAAGUAUUCAACUUAUGUCGAUGAUGUUCUCUUUAGCGUAGAGAACGAGGAUAAAGCAAUUGAAAUAGCAAAAAAUAUUCGCACUAUCAACGCUGCAGGAGGAUUUCAAACACACAACUGGAUGUCCAACUCGCAGCGGGUUCUGAUGCUGAUGGGUGAGUCACCGAAAACGGAGAAGAGUCUCGAAGUCACCUCGGAGACUACAGGAGAGAAAGUUCUUGGUAUGUUUUGGUGCACCGAGGACGAUUGCUUUACCUUCAAGAUCAAUUGGAGUCGACUGGACUGCGAGCUGCUGAACCUAAAGCGAAUCCCUACGAAGCGUGAAGUCCUAAAAACAUUGAUGUCCAUAUAUGACCCGCUCGGCUUAGUGUCCCAUUAUCUUAUGUUUCUGAAAAUUCUGUUGCAAGAAAUAUGGAGAGCCAAGGUAGAAUGGGACGAGUCAAUUGGAGAAGAAUUUUUCAAAAGGUGGACAGCGUUUAUAAGCGUACUUCCCUCCCUAGAAAUCUUAAGGAUUCCUAGAUGCUACCAUCAGAUGUACGAACCUGAUCCGAACGUCAAAGUACAACUGCACACGUUCGUAGAUGCAAGCCAAGACGGAAUGGCUGCGGUGACGUUCCUCCGUUACGAAAUUAACGAUGCCAUCUAUUGUUCCUUGGUUGGAUCUAAAACUCGAGUAGCCCCUCUAAAAUACCUGUCAAUCCCGCGAAUGGAUCUACAAGCGGGGCUUGUUGGCGCCAGGUUAACAGCAACAAUUAAAAAAAGCCUGACUAUCAAUAUUCAACGAACGUUCCUUUGGACCGAUUCACGCAAUGCACUCUCGUGGAUCGUAUCAGACCACCGUAAGUAUAGUCUUUUCGUCGCGGCAAGAGUCAGCGAAAUACUCGAACUAACUCAUGAGUCCGACUGGAGAUGGGUCCCCACUAAGUGGAACGUGGCUGAUGACGGGACGAGAUGGCAGCGACAAUCAGAUCUCUCACCGACAUCGCGUUGGUUCGUUGGGCCUCCAUUUCUACGCCAGUCCGAGAACACAUGGCCGAUGGUGAAUUUGAAAAAACUAAGUACGCACGAAGAACUAAAAAGACCACUGCACAUACAUGGUGAAAGACCAGAGGCAAUAUUUCGCGCAGAGGACUUCAGCCAGUGGAAACGGUUAGUUCGAGUCACUGCUUACGUGUUUAGGUACUUAAGAAAGCUUCGUCGAGAGGGGAAUUGCGGUGUACUAAAACGGGAAGAGCUACUGAUUGCUGAAGAGUUUCACUACCGUCAAGCGCAAAUAGAGGCCUAUGAAGAGGAGUAUCGUAAUCUGGAGACAGGCACAACAGCAAUUUCUAAGCGAAGUUCUAUUUAUAAGCUUUCAGCGUUCAUGCAUGAGAAAAAGCUACUUCGGAUGGAUGGCAGAACAGGUGCGUGUCGGUACCUGGACCCCGCAACGGUGAAACCCAUUAUAUUACCAUGGAAACAUGCCAUCACCAGACUUAUUGUUGCAUCGUAUCAUGACAUGUAUCACCAUCAGAAUCGAGAAAUGGUUGUAAACGAAAUUCGUCAGAAAUUCUACAUCGCAAAUCUCCGUCGCGUAUGCAAUCAAGUGCGAUCAGGAUGUCAACGCUGUAAAAACCGCAAUGCUAAUCCCCUUCCUCCAAAGAUGUCCGACCUACCCCCUUCUCAUUUAGCAGCUUAUACAAGGCCCUUUACUCAUACAGGGUUAGACUACUUCGGCCCGUUGGAAAUCGUGGUAGGGCGAAGAACUGAGAAAAGGUGGGGUGCAUUAUUCGUCUGCCUUACUACUAGGGCCAUACACCUUGAAGUCGCGUAUAGUUUAAGUUCCACCUCCUGUAUCAUGGUUAUAAGAAGUUUCAUGGCCCGUCGCGGAACCCCAGCAGCCUUUUACAGCGACAGAGGAACGAAUUUCGUAGGGGCAUACCGAGAGCUUAAGGAGGCCUUGGCAAAAAUGGAUCACGACGCUAUAGCAGAGGAAUUUAUUAGCUCGCAAACAGAUUGGAUCUUCAACCCUCCAGCUUCACCCCAUAUGGGUGGAAGCUGGGAACGGCUUGUUCGUUCCGUGAAACGAAUUCUCCCAGAGCUGCGAGUAUCGAGGAAACCAAACGACGAGGAACUACGUAACGCCUUUGCAGAAAUAGAAAGCACUCUAAACAGACGUCCGUUAACUCAUGUGCCGGCAGACUACGAAUCACACCAUGCCUUAACUCCCAAUCACUUUUUGCUGGGCAGUUCGGAUGGGUCGAAACCGCUGACGGACAUUAGCAACGAAGGUAUAACUCUGAAAAGAGGAUGGAUGAUCUCGCAAGCAAUAGCUAACCAAUUCUGGAAACGGUGGUUGCACGACUACCUCCCAGAGAUCACCCGACCCCCAGUCAAACCUAUCAAGGUAGAUGAUAUCGUCGUUAUAGCUGAUCCUGAUCUCCCAAGAAAUUGCUGGCCUAAGGGACGAGUAAUCAAGACAACCAACAGAGAUGGCCAAGUAAGAAGAGUUUGGGUUCAAACAAGUAAAUCCAUCUACGAGAGACCUGCCGUUAAAAUCGCCGUACUGGACAUAGAUGGAAGUAAGACGAUCUCGGAGUAG